AUGGCCGAAUAUUCCCUAACUAGAUCUAGAUCCUCUGCUGUUCUCCGCUCCGUGUCAUUACCUCCAUCGUCAAGCCCGGUACAGUAAAGUAACCCCCAUAUAUAGUAAGUUUAGCUGACUCGUACCUACUCGUCGCCUUCACUUACCUUACAAAAGCCAUAUCACAUCGUCUACUACACCUUCACCAACCCUUCACACACAUACUCCAAGAAUUACACUACAGUAAGUACAGUAACCAAAAAGUAAUGUAAAAUAUCAAUUAUGAACCCAACUGGUACCAUAUUACAGGAGCUAGACUACUGGUACGACCGGUACCGUUUCUCUCAGCCAUAUGUCAGCAGUUACUACCCAAGGCGAUACUUCAACAGUGACUAUGUGUUACCACGGUCACAUUUCCACAACCCAGUCUACUCUUGGAGACACAUGAGGUAUCUCCACGACUACGGUACUCCAUUCUACCUGAGCCACUUCAACGACUCAGCUCACAAACCUUACAUACGACAGAGCUUCUACUCUCCGUACAGGUCACGGCUAUACGAUGGUAGGUUACCUUAUAGUACACUCGUUACAACCCGCUUUUACAGUAAAAUAAGAAGUAGAAAUGGCAACAUAUAUUAAUAAUAUAGUCUACCAAUAUUAUUAUUUUCAGCAGCCUACUUUGGAAUAAGAUAG